ACGCGCAGUGAAAGCGUUUCCCGCUUCAGCGAUGAGAGGACGAUGGAGCUCCCGGUUCAUGCCCGUGCUGGUCUCGUUGAUCGUUCUGUGGCAGACCCGGUCCCAAGCAGUUUCCAACAAGACCAGUAACUCCAAAGACAUCGCCACCUUCACAAAGAUCCUGGACAGUCUGCUGGACGGAUACGACAACAGGCUGAGACCGGGUCUUGGAGACCGAGUAACAGAGGUGAAGACCGACAUCUAUGUGACCAGUUUUGGCCCGGUGUCUGACACAGAUAUGGAGUACACCGUGGACGUUUUCUUCCGUCAGAGUUGGAAGGACGAGCGACUGAAGUUUCACGGGCCCAUGAACACUUUGCCGCUCAACAACCUGAUGGCCAGUAAGAUCUGGACCCCCGACACCUUCUUCCAUAAUGGAAAGAAAUCUGUGGCCCAUAACAUGACCAUGCCCAACAAGCUGCUGAGGAUCAUGGAGGACGGGACGCUGCUCUACACCAUGAGGUUGACGGUUCAAGCAGAGUGCCCGAUGCACCUGGAGGACUUCCCCAUGGACUUUCACUCCUGUCCUCUAAAGUUUGGUAGCUAUGCCUACACAAAGGCAGAGGUGACUUAUAUCUGGACCCGGAACGCCUCCCAGUCUGUGGAAGUGGCCAAUGAUGGCUCCAGGCUCAACCAGUACGACUUGGUGGGUCAGACUGUGGGGAAGGAGACCAUCAAAUCCAGCACAGGUGAAUACACGGUGAUGAUGGCUCACUUCCACCUAAAGAGGAAGAUCGGAUACUUUGUCAUCCAGACGUACCUGCCCUGUAUCAUGACCGUCAUCCUCUCACAGGUCUCCUUCUGGCUCAACAGGGAAUCCGUCCCAGCUCGAACUGUCUUUGGUGUGACUACAGUCCUCACCAUGACCACCCUGAGUAUCAGCGCUCGUAACUCCCUUCCUAAAGUGGCCUACGCUACAGCCAUGGACUGGUUCAUCGCUGUGUGCUACGCCUUCGUCUUCUCUGCACUCAUCGAGUUCGCUACCGUGAACUACUUCACCAAGAGAGGCUGGGCCUGGGAUGGGAAGAGUGUCGUCACUGACAAGAAAAAAGAAGCGGCCAUCAUGAAGAAGAACAAUGCGUACGCUGUCGCCGUGGCUAACUACGCUCCCAACAUCACCAAAGAUUCCACGCUGCCCACCAUCUCCAAGUGCGCUCUGAACGACUCCAACAAGAACAUGUCGGAGCAAACGAAGCCCGAGCAGAACAAGAAAACCUUCAACAGCGUCAGUAAGAUCGACCGCAUCUCCCGCAUCAUGUUCCCCGUGCUGUUCGGGAGCUUUAACCUGGUCUACUGGGCCACCUACCUGAACAGAGAGCCCGUCAUCAAAGACCUGGAGCCCGCCAAAUGA